AUGCCGGCACCUUGGAACGAUGCAUCCCGGUUGAUGCACAUCGGCAUCAAGGGGUUCGAACUGGACCAUAGCGAAGUACCGCCGGCAAAUCUGGUAUUUCUGAUUGACACCUCUGGAUCAAUGGACCAGUCGAACAAGCUACCGUUGCUGAUUCGCUCGUUCAAACUAUUGCUGUCCGCGUUGGCACCGGACGACCGAGUUGCGAUCGUUACCUACGCCGGUUCGGCCGGCGUGGUCCUAGAACCGACACCGGUCUCGGAACGAAGCAAAAUUCUGGACAGACUUGAACGUCUUUACGCGGGCGGUUCGACCGCGGGCGGCGAUGGAAUUCGUCUAGCUUAUCGACUCGCUGAGCAACACAUGGUAUCAGACGGCAUAAACCGGGUGAUUCUUGCAACCGACGGUGAUUUCAACGUCGGCAUCACCGAUGUUGAUGAGCUUGAGGAAUUUAUUUCGCGCAAACGAUCAAGCGGGGUGUUUCUAUCAGUUCUGGGAUUUGGGAUGGACAACUACAAUGACGAUCUGAUGCAGCAUCUCGCCCAAAACGGCAAUGGCAAUGCCGCAUACAUUGAUUCAAUUUCGGAGGCACGCAAAGUGUUUGUUGAGCAAGUGACUUCGACGCUUGUGCCGAUCGCAAAGGAUGUGAAGAUUCAAGUGGAGUUUAAUUCUUCGACGGUCAGCGAGUAUCGGUUAAUUGGCUACGAGACCCGCAUGCUUGAACGUGAGGACUUCCGCAACGACAAGGUCGAUGCGGGCGAGGUCGGUGCGGGCCAUACGGUGACCGCCAUUUACGAGUUGACGCUAGCAAACACGGACGCAGGUCACAUUCCUCCGAGCCGCUAUCAGAGCACAGAAUCAGAGUUGAGCAGCAACUUCGAUGACGAAUUCGCAUUUCUGAAGAUCCGCUACAAGCUCCCUGAUGCCCAUUCAAGCACUUUGGUCACGCAGCCGGUGACUGUCGCUAACUAUUUCGAUACGGUAAAUACGGCGCCGCGUGACGUGCGUUUCGCCACGGCGGUAGCGGCCUUUGGUGAACUCCUGCGCGGCGGACGAUACACAGGCGACUACGGAUAUAAAGAAGUCAUCGCACUGGCGAAUGAUGCGCUUGGUGAUGAUCGUUUCGGUUACCGCAGAGAAUUUAUCCAGCUGGUGCGCAUAGCUCAGACGGCCGAGUACCUAAACGACUUGCUCCCAGAGUAA